AUGAAAACCCUACUAGCAUGGGCCCAUCCGAUCGAUAGCUGCACGACGGGAGGCCAGAAGGGCUGGCACCGGCGCAUCCGUCGCUUCAUCGCUAUUGCCGUCGUCGCCUGCCUCUCUGUGACCGCGCUCCUCGCCCUGACCUCCAGCUACCACCAUUACGAUGCCUUCGGCCACAGCUACAACACACGAAACACCCAAGGUCCAGCUGAUAGACGGAAACCGCCCGCGAGUGACGGUCCUGGUCGGCCGGAAUAUUUCCAGUGGGAAACAAGUAGCUCCUUCAGCCCCGUCGCGCAGGAUAUCAAGGGCGCGUCUUUGGAGCAACUGUGUCGCUCAUUCCCAAAGCAUAUCCUACAGAACUCAGUCCAGCCGAUAUUGAGAAUGAGUCACGGACAGGACUCAAACAAGAUCAGGGCCCAGUUCGAAAGCGUCUCAGCAUGCAUCGACAACCUCCUAAUAUUCUCCGACUCCGGCGAGCUCAUCCACGGGCGUGAGGUGGUCGACAUCCUGAAGGACUUGCCGGCCGCAUACCGGUUCAAAAACGCCGACUUCAAGAACUACACCAUCCUACGAAACCUACACCCCAAGCCUCAGAUCCGAGCCAACGCCACUGACGAAAGCCGGACGAUCGAUGGCCGGACCCUGGAUGCCUACAAGUUCCUUCCCAUGAUCGAGCGCGCCUGGGAGACACGACCGUCGCAGAAGUGGUACUUCUUCUACGAGACGGAUACCUAUGUGGUCUGGGACAACCUUUUCCGCUUCCUGGAGAACCUCGACCACGAAACACCGCUCUACAUCGGAAGCGCCGCGCCGGAACGGUUAAAAUACCCGGGAAAGCCGGAAUCUGCGACCUGGUUUGCGGACGGGGGACCGGGGUUCGUGCUGAGCCGCGCUGCCAUGCUUAAGCUGCUUCACCGGAAAGUAGGCAAGGAUGGCGACUAUCUGGAGCCGCCGCUGAGCCGUCGCUGGCUGGACCUCAUGCGCCGGGAUCGUCGCGGGGAUCGGAUCUUGGGUUGGGCCCUACACGAUGUUGGGAUCAGGUUGUCCGGAUUUUGGCCCAUGUUUAACCCCCAUUCUCUACAGAGCAUUCCCUUUUCCCAGGCCUAUUGGUGUCAGCCCGUUUUGACUUUGCACAAGACGAAGCCUGAAGAGAUGGUGAAGUUGUGGAGAUGGGAGCACAGCAGACGGAAAGUCGGGAGACCGCUUAUUUAUCGAGACCUCUACGACUUCCGCCACAACGACCGACAAGUCUACCGCGAAGACUGGGACAACACUGGGUGGGAUGGCUACAGGGGACCGCGCGUGAACUCGUUCGCGGCGUGCGGUAAAGCAUGCGGCGAGGACCCGGAGUGCUUCCAGUACAACUGGCACAUGGGCGACUGCAUGUUCAUGAGUUCGAUUCGAUACGGCGAGCACCGAGGUCCCAAGUUGUCCGCGAACGCGCUCAUGCGUCUCCAAGGAGAAAUAGGGAAAGAAUGGACAUACGAGCUGUCGCGCUACAUGAGCGGAUGGAUGUUGCCCAGCAUCGACAAGUGGUAUCAAGAACAGCAAUGCGAGGCGGUGCAGUGGCUGCCCCUGAAUGCGGGGGACGAACCCCACCAUCGUCAACGUCAUUCUCUUCUCCCCCCAGCAGAGCUUUACCCGGCCGAGCAGACUCAGGCCAUUCUCUACAUAGCCGCCGCCAACGGCAACAAGGCCUUCCUCUACUGCGAGGGCUCGCCUUCCUGGAACCCAGACGCCUACGCAGCCGACACGGCGCUGCAAGCGCGCGCCGAAGAACAAUUAUCGAAGGACGACCUGCAGUCGGCCAUCGCGACGUCGUUCGCCCUGCGCCGUAAUGAUUCAUAUGUUUACCACGCCAUCGUCAGCGUCACGCUACCGCAGGUCCAGCACGUGGUCUCGCUGGGCGGCGCCAAUGGGCUGCAUGCUUGGUACCGCACCGCCGCCGCUCCUCCCCCUUCUGCUCCCAAGAACGACGACGACGACGGCGGCAACGGCAAUUCGACCGCGACCGCGAACGCGAACUCGGAGUCCUACGAUGCUACGACCUCCUCCACAGACCCGCGACCAAACCCGAAUUCGACUUCCAAGCCACCACAACCACAACAAAGACAACAACCACCGCCCGCCCUCCCGCCGCCCCCGCAAGCCGACAUAGAAACCUACCUAUCCAUCUUCUCCCCUCUGACCUCGACCCCCUCCGCGCUCAAGACCUUCUCCUCCAACGCCAAGAAGGGCUCCUUGCGAUCCGAAAUAGCUCAUUACCUGCUCUCGAAGCGUUACAUUCACCCCUCCCUCCCAGCCCUCGCCACCCUUUCCAAAUCCAAGUGCAAAACCGCGCCGCCGAACCCAUACCUCACGUUUUUGUCCUGGGCGUGCCGCAACCUCGAGUGGGCCGGCCCAAGCCCGAGCUCCGCGGGUCGCAGCGGCGGGCACCACGUCCUGCCGAUACUGAUGCACCACUUCGGGUGCGUGUGUCCGAGCCACGAGGCGCUGCAGAUUUUGGUUUCGCUCGCGGACGGUAGGGAAGUCAUUGAUAUGGGCAGCGGGAACGGGUACUGGACCUGGGCGCUGCGGCAGCAGAUACUACACCAGAACCAAACACAACCCCAAAAACAGGGGAAGAAGAGCACACCCCCGACCCCGACCCCGACCUCAACCAUAACCCCAGUCGACAACGCCCAGUCCAGCUGGCGCAUAACCUGGGUCCCCGACACUUACACAGCAGACGGCCCAUCCUACCUCCGAACCACCCGCCACGGCGCCCCCGACGCCGUGCUCCUCCUCGUCUACCCCAUCGUCGGCGGCGGCGUGGCCGGCGGCCGCGAGGGCGGCUUCACGUGCGACAUGAUCGCCGCAUAUACGGGCAACACGCUCGCGGUCGUGGGCACGCAGAACCGAAACGGGUACACCGGCUUCCGCGACGUGAGCAUGGACGAGUACAUGGAGCGCGAGCACGGCGACGAGUGGACCAAGGUGGUGCAGGUGCCGCUGCCCAGCUUCCCGGGCAAGGACGAGGCGCUCUUCGUGUUCCAGAGGGGCGAGAGGGCGCCCGCGAGGAUAAAAGGAGAAGAGGUGGAGAAAAAGGGCAAUACUGAGGAUGAUAAACCAGGAGAGAAGGAGUAG